AUGCCACUCCCACCAGGUACAAAUGGAGCAAUUGCAGCUGGAGCAGACGGGAAUAGAGAGACCACGGAGCACGCUCGACGUUGGGUGGAUAGGGGCUCCCGUGGCGGGAAGAGGAGUGGGGCGGGCGCUGCAGUGCAAGAGAAGGUUAUGGAAGAUCCGGAUGAGCUGAUCGAGGAGGUGACAGUGGCGCAAAGGUUUAGUGUACACUUCCAUCAUGUGAUGGCACGAUGCGCGCUACGCUGGAAACAGGGAGUCCCAAUGACUGCUAAGGAUGCGGGCAAGGAGAUUGGGAGUGCAGCUGAUCAUUGGGCUGGAGACCAUUCGCGCUAUGGUGGGGGCACAGAGACACCUAGAUGCGUGGCUGAUAACUGGGGACCAGAGAGUGUACUGUACCAACAUGGUUCUCGUACACAUAUCGCAUUCAAGGAGUGGCUAGAGGGUGGGGAGGCGGAGAUGAGACCAUAUCCGGUGGCAGUAGGGGAGGUGGCGGUGGGGAUGGAGAUGCCGGACGGCAAAUGGGAGGUGCUGACAUGCGCUCUCGUGGGGCAGCAGGGGCGCUGUGCUCUCGCCCCCUCUCGGCAAGCGCCACCUCUCUGUGAUUGGCUCUUCCAGGACAGUGGAGCUGGUGGCAUGGGGGGACUGUGCGAGUGGCGAUAG